AUACUUUGAACUUAGUGAAAAAUAAAUUUAUAUAUUCUCUUUUAACAAAUCCGUCCGAAGUCUGCGAAGAGUAAGUCACAGACUCUGGGAGGUGUUGGACGCAUGGCUUUCUGUGGCUACCGUAGGAUUUUGGCUUCACGUGUGCCUCACAUGCAAAGGAUUACUCCUUCCUUGUCUCGUCAGACUGAAGUUAGCGGGAGAAUCAAAGAAAUGAGCACAGGGAUUCAGAGUGUAGCUUCUAGGCUUCAUAGUUCUGGCUUGUUACGGACACAGGGUCUUAUUGGAGGCAAAUGGACUAAUGCAUAUGAUGGGAAGACUUUACAGGUUAACAAUCCAGCAACAGGUGAAAUUAUUGCAGAGGUCGCCUGCAUGGGUGUAAAGGAGACAGAUGAGGCUAUAUCUUCAGCCUAUGAUGCAUAUAAUUCUUGGAGCAAGCUUACUGCUGCAGAGAGGAGCAAGCGUUUGCGGAAAUGGUAUGAUCUACUUAUGGCCCACCAAGAAGAGCUUGGACAACUAAUAACGUUGGAGCAAGGAAAACCUUUAAAAGAAGCCGUGGGUGAGGUUAGCUAUGGGGCCAGUUUUAUUGAGUUCUUUGCGGAGGAAGCAAAACGUGUAUACGGUGAUAUAAUACCUCCGACUCUACCUGAUCGUCGGCUAUUUGUUUUAAAACAGCCUGUAGGCGUUGUCGGUGCAAUUACGCCAUGGAACUUUCCCCUGGCUAUGAUUACCCGAAAGGUCGGUCCUGCCCUUGCUUGUGGCUGUACAGUGGUUGUGAAACCCUCUGAACUUACACCCCUCACAGCUUUAGCAGCAGCUGAGCUUGCUCUUCAAGCUGGAAUACCACCGGGUGCUGUGAAUGUGGUUAUGGGGAAUGCUUCUGACAUUGGGGAUGCUUUACUUGCAAGUCCAAAGGUAAGGAAGAUAACCUUUACCGGAUCAACUGUAGUUGGAAAGAAACUGAUGGCAGGAGCUGCUGGGACUGUUAAAAGGGUAUCUCUAGAACUUGGUGGCAAUGCGCCCUGCAUAGUCUUUGAUGAUGCAGACCUGGAUGUGGCAGUAAAAGGAACUCUGGCAGCAAAAUUUCGUAAUAGUGGACAGACCUGUGUAUGUGCAAAUAGAGUACUUGUUCAAGAAGGUAUCUAUGCUAAAUUUGCAGAUGCUUUUUCAAAGGCUGUCCAGAAUCUGAAAGUUGGGGAUGGCUUUAGUGAUGGGGUGGUACAGGGUCCUCUAAUUAAUGAAGCAGCUGUGAGCAAGGUUGAAACCUUUCUUCAAGAUGCUGUAUCAAAGGGAGCAAAAGUCCUUCUUGGGGGCAAAAGGCAUAGCCUUGGAAUGACCUUUUAUGAGCCUACGGUUAUUAGUGAUGUUAAUAGUGAUAUGCUUGUUUCCAGGGAUGAAGUAUUUGGACCUGUUGCACCACUUUUACGGUUCAAAACUGAGGAGGAGGCUAUCCACAUGGCUAAUGACACUAAUGCAGGGUUAGCUGCUUAUAUAUUUACAAACAAUGUUCAACGUACAUGGCGUGUUUCAGAAGCACUUGAAUAUGGACUUGUCGGCGUCAAUGAAGGAAUAAUUUCAACAGAGGUUGCUCCUUUUGGCGGUGUUAAACAGUCUGGUCUUGGACGGGAAGGUUCCAAGUAUGGGAUUGAUGAAUAUCUUGAAGUCAAAUAUGUAUGCAUGGGGAAUAUGAACCAAAAUUAAUCGGCAAGGUGAAAUAAAGUGUUUCUGGUGCAGUCUCUAGCGUCGUAGAAUGGAGCUAUAAAUAGGGGCUGCCUCUGAGACUUUGUAUCUAAAUAAGUGCAAUAGCCCAUCUGAAAGUUUUGAUUUUACUAUGCAUGUUGUGUCCUUGAGCUUCUUCCUGUGGUCAUAAAAGAAAUAAAGAAUUUUGUUCAGUUUUUUAUUCA